AGAAAUGAGUUAACCUGUAGGAUUUCUCCAGCUGUGUUGUUUAAUGGUAAUUACUUUUAUUUCCCAUCUUUUUUUUUUCUUUGUUUUCUGAAAUUGAAAGCUGGAUAUUUCUUACGCUGCAGCAGAAAUCCUGUAACCAGCAACAGAAGAUAAAUGCUACAGUAGUACAGAUUCUCAUUGUAAUUGCAGGCACGAUUGCUGAAGACAGAACCUAAGAGAGAGUGUCCUAUUGACUGAGAAAGUUGCUGAGAAUAAGAAACUACUUAAGUGAGAGACAGAGUAGGAUUUUUAUGCAAGAAAAGGGUUAAGGGGAUUUGUUCUCUUCUCCCUGGUAAUGACUAGUUCUAAGGUUAGGUUUCUGCGGAUUAGAAAGGAGAGGAUGUCCAUAGAUUAGCUAGGGCAGUGAGGUUACUCGCCCUACUAACAUCCCGCAAAUACUCUUUCCCUCCGGAAAUUCUGCAUGGGCUGAACAUGGUGUAUUCUGUGGUGUUUGCAGUAAGCCCAAGCUGUGGGCACUAAACAGCUGGAAGUAAAGCUGGCUGCCUCACAUGACUACAGCACACUGCACCCGAGCAUUCUCUGAAUGCGCUGCUCUUCUAGGAGGCGAUGCUUUGGUGGCUUUUACCCCAUCUAAACAAGGGUCCCACCCUACUUAAAAGGGCGUGUAGACUGAUGCUUCAAAGCUAAACAGGACAAAACAUUGGGAAAAUCCAGAUCUAAACUUGAAAUAACUGCAGUUUUAUUCUGGACAGAACUGGACUUUGAAUGGGAAGUUACCAACAAUCUAGAGGAAAAUGGCUGCCUUUUUGCUUUACUAGUCAAGGACAUAAACUACUAUAUGUUUAUCAGAAUUUGUUCAGUGUCUGUCUUUGUGAAACCUACUUGGCCUGAAUGCAGUACUCAAGUGGGUGGAAUCUCCUUGAAUAAAGGAAAAUAUGGAGGUGCCAACAGUCUGCAGUCAAGAUAACGGUACUCAUAACUUUUGCAUCUCUUUGAAAAAGAAAGAAAACUAACAAAAAAGUUUUAUUCCUUGGUUUCUAACUCUUCUUCCAUUGAGUCAUGAGAGAGGAAUAUGUCUAGAGGUAUUACUACAAUAAUCGGAAUGAUUCUUGAUGUUUAAUGGUGGAAUGCAGUUAAUUUAGAGAGCAUCAGAAGAGAAUACCUGGCAUUUUUUUCUGGCUUAUCAAGUCAAGGGUCUCUGCAGCUGUAUCAAGAACGACUAAUAACUGCAACAGGGUUUGGUUAGUUUGGUUGGGUUUGGGUUUUUGGUUUUUCUGUAUUUUUUUUUUAAGGAAAUGAUUCUCUGUAGUUUGAAGGUUUGUGCUUCUGUAUGGAACAUCGUGGUCUAUUUGAGACGAGUUGGAUGUAGGGAUAGUACUCUAACAGGUAAUUAGUAGAAGUCAUCUCAAAAAGAGGCAACCAGUAAUGAGGAAAAGAUCUUAAAUGGUGUCUCCACCAAAGGUAAUGUUUUGUUAGGCACUAGGAAGUUCCUACAGAAGAGAACCCUUUUAAGAAAACUGUGUUUUGGGAGAUAUUUCCCUGUGGGAAUCACAAUCAGGGUUCACUGAGUUAUCGUUAAGUGCCUAGAUGUCUGCUUUCUAGAAACAGAUGACUCUUUUGAUAAUGAGGUACAUUUCCAAGCUUUCCCAGUUUGGAUAGUCAAUAAUUCUGCCUGAUUGAGACAAAAGUAUAAUCUGCAGAAACUUAGUAGGCAAGUAUCUGUAUAAAUUCAUGCAUAAGGAAAAUACUUCAGUGAAACUAAAGUUGAAGAUAGAUCUCACAUAAGUGGUAACAUUGAGGUCUGGAGAUGAUACAGGAAACAAUUAACUAGCAAUGGCUAUAAAAAUUGUGCUCAGGAGAGAAAUAAAGAAGGGCUCCCAUGUUUAGGCUGGCUGUGGUGACUGAAUGAUAGCAGCUAAUGAUACUGUCUGCAGUAGAGAGUACUCAGCUACUAUGGGUCCAUUGGAUAAGCUUUACCUUUAAGAAAUUAUUAUUUUGACUUUAGCUGAUGUAAUUUUAGAAGCUCCUAGUGUCUUUGGUUUACUUCAACACUUUUCUUGUAUUAGAAUAUGACUCAGUGAAACAUAUCUUAAUGUUGUAAAUGAAUAAAGGAAAGUCUGUAGUUACAAUCGUAUUGCGUGUUUACUUUGGCACUAAAAAGCAAAGAGACAGCUUGUGCUUACCAAAAUACACGAGAGUUGAGAACUUACUAUCCUUUGACAUGCAGCGGGAGUCAGGCAUCCAGCUCUUAUGGUCUCCUUGAGAACUCUUAUAGCUUACUAAAUCCAACUCCUAGCAUUUGGAAUGGUAUUGUAUUAGUGCUGUUAUAAACGUUAUGUUUCUUGGGAAGUGUGUCACAUAUCAGAAAUGAUCUGUUGCCAUUUCUGAGGUAAAAUUUAAAUUCCAUGCACUCACAAAAAUCCAGUUUGUAUCUAGGCCUGACUUUGUGUAACAUCUUACCUAUUUGUCACCUCUGAGUUUAUGCCUUCUUGAGAUUUUUAGAAAGACACUGGAUUUUUCAGUUUUCACUGUACUAGAAUACUGUUCCUAACAGAGCAAGUGCUGCUUUUAAUAGUAAGAAUGGUUCCUCCCCUUUUCUGGGACAUGUUGUGAGUGUCUGUGACAAUGGUAUGUAUUUGUCAGGAAUUUGCAUUUUCAUUAGUGAUAGUCUCCACAAUGUCUGCACUUCUCAAGGUGGAGAACAACAGAUGGUCCCUGGCCCAAACAGUGGAUCAUCUGAAAGAAAAGCCUAUAAAAUGAGCAAGGCAAUUUUUUGUUUACCUCUUCUCAGUAGGAGGUUUGAGUUUGAACCCAGAUUGGUAUGUGUGAGAUACCCUCUGUGUUCUUCUCACAGGUCAGUUGCAAAUUGCUAGUAUUGACCUAACCCUGCUGGUUAAUACCAUAAUAAAGUAAAACUCUUGUGCAACAGAGUUGAUAGCACGGAACAAGCAAAGCAGACAGAAAAUGAGUGCGUUUCUUGGAAGUAUAAACAGAGGAAAGGUGCUUUUCGAAGGCCUGGGUCACUGUUUGGCUUUGGCUGGUUUUCUGUUUGUACUGAAGUGUCCUGCGCUUUUCUGUUUCUUGGGCUCAGGUAUAUCUCAUGUUCUGACUCUAGUGCUACAAGAACUGAGUUUGCUUUGUAAAAGAGAUGUCAAUGGUGUUGGCAUGUUAUAUGACCUGCUUGGAUCUCGCUGGCUGCAAGCACUUCUAAAGAUUUAUGAAUGCCUCCAACACUAUCUUGGAAAAAGACCAGUUCCUGUCACACUGCAGGCAUACGCACUGAAUCGUGAGGUGAUAGAGUUACUGCGUGAAGCCCCUCAGUUUGGAGAAGUCAAAGAGCUAAGACGACUACUGUAUGCUCCACAUUUAAAGGCCCUGCUAUCUGCUCAUGAUACUGUGGCCCAGAAAGAUUUUGAACCAACCCUACCACCACUGCCAGACAACAUACCUGAAAAUGAGGAAGCAAUGAGGAUUGUCUGCUUAGUGAAAAACAACCAGCCUCUGGGUGCCACCAUUAAACGCCAUGAGAUGACAGGUGACAUAACAGUUGCCCGUGUGAUCCAUGGUGGGCUAGCAGACAGAAGUGGGUUGCUGUAUGCUGGAGACAAACUGGUGGAAGUAAAUGGAGUUCCUGUUGAGGGACUUGAGCCUGAGCAAGUUAUUAAUAUUCUGGCCCUGUCUCAGGGGACAAUUAUGUUCAAAUUAAUUCCAGUUUCUGAUCGGCUUGUCAGCAACCAAACAACACUCUAUGUGCGAGCAAUGGCAGAUUACUGGCCCUUGCAAGAUCCUGCCAUUCCGUGUGCUGAUGCAGGUUUGCCUUUUAAGAAGGGUGAAAUACUCCAGAUUGUGGAUCAGAAUGAUGCUCUCUGGUGGCAGGCCAAGAAAGCUUCAGAUCUCAGUGCCUGUGCUGGACUUAUACCUUCAAAUCAUCUUCUUAAAAGGAAGCAGCGAGAAUUCUGGUGGUCUCAGCCUUUCCAGCCUCAUUUCUGUCUCAAAUCAUCAAUGUUAAGCACUGUGGAAGAAGAGGAUGACAUGCAGAUUGAUGAGAAGUGUGUGGAAACAGAUGAAGAGACAUUUGAGUCCGAGGAGCUUAAAGAAGAAGAGGAAGAAUUUGGUGACUUUGGUCAACGAGUCUUUAUUGCUGGUUUCCGUAGAAGUAUGCGCCUGUGUCGCAGGAAAUCCUGGACCAACCAGCAGUCAUGUUACACCCGGUGCCCCAGCAGCUGUUACAGCACUCUUGCAGCUCCAUAUGAAGAGGUAGUUAGGUACCAGCGGCACCCAGCAGACCGGAACAGACUAAUUAUACUAGUGGGUCCUGCGGGAGUUGGUGUGAAUGAGCUAAGGCGAAGGCUUAUUGCGAGUAACCCACGAGAGUUUCAAAGUGCCAUACCUCACACCACUCGUGUUCAGAAGAGUUAUGAAAUGAAUGGUCGUGAAUAUCACUACGUAUCAAAGGAAACUUUUGAAAGCAUGGUGUACAGCCACAGAAUGCUGGAAUAUGGAGAAUACAAAGGGUAUCUGUAUGGUACCAGUAUUGAUGCAGUGCGAACAGUCCUCGAUGAAGGGAAGAUCUGCGUAUUAGAUUUAGAACCACAGGGCAUACAAGUAGCCCGGACUCAUGAAUUAAAGCCCUACAUUAUAUUCAUCAAGCCAUCCAGCAUAAGCUGCAUGAGACAGACUCGUAAAAAUGCCAGGUUCAUUACAGAUUAUUAUGUGAACAUGAAAUUCAAGGAAGAAGAUUUACAGGAGAUGGAAGAUUCAGCUAAGAAAAUGGAAACUCAGUUUGGUCAAUACUUUGAUCAAGUGAUUGUGAAUGACAAUUUGCAAGAAGCAUCUGCGCAGCUGCUGUCUGCAGUCCAUAGUGCACAGGAUGAGCCCCAGUGGGUCCCUGCGGUAUGGAUCUGCUCAGACACUCAGCCCUAAUUCUGAGCAGCAGGCAGCUUCAGAAAGAUUACAACUUAUGUUUUACUUCAAGAAUAUUCCUAAUGUCAGGAUUGCAAGAAUUUAUCUUUGUAUGUGAAGGAUCUGGAAGAGGAUUAGGAAAGAAGGUGCUAGAAGAGAUAUAAUAGUACUACGUUCUGUGUAGCUCUUCAGUUUUUUGUUACAGUUGCAUCCACUUCUGUACAAAAAAUGAAAUAUUGUGAGUGCUCAAUUACAAGAAUAAAGAAAAAUCUAUUUUGUUGCACGU